UAUAUGGUUUUGUUAGAGACUUCAGCUCUGUCUCUGUCUGUCUCUGCUCCUUGUUUGGGAGGCUGGUGGGAGGAGAAGAGCUGAAGGGGCUAUAUAAUCUCUGUGCUUUCAGAUACACAGAGCACCAUCCCAGGGCCGCUAUCCCCAGCCAAGCACUGUCAGGGGCUGUUCCUGUCUGAAGGUCCUGAGGACAUUGACAUAGAAGAUGUGUGAGGAAGAGGACAGCACGGCCCUUGUUUGUGACAAUGGGUCAGGGCUCUGUAAAGCCGGCUUUGCUGGAGAUGAUGCUCCGAGAGCAGUUUUCCCCUCCAUCGUGGGUCGUCCCAGGCACCAGGGUGUGAUGGUUGGUAUGGGUCAAAAAGACAGCUACGUAGGUGACGAGGCCCAAAGCAAAAGAGGAAUCCUGACCUUGAAAUACCCCAUAGAGCAUGGCAUCAUUACAAACUGGGAUGACAUGGAGAAGAUCUGGCAUCAUUCUUUCUACAAUGAACUCCGUGUUGCACCGGAAGAACACCCUACUCUGCUGACCGAAGCACCAUUGAAUCCCAAAGCCAAUCGAGAGAAAAUGACCCAGAUUAUGUUUGAGACUUUCAACGUGCCAGCCAUGUAUGUAGCUAUUCAAGCUGUUCUGUCCCUGUAUGCUUCUGGACGUACCACAGGUAGGCCUCUGGGGAUGGUGGCACAGGCAUAUGAAAUAGAUAAGCAUUUUGGUGUGCAGCUGAGAAUGAACUGUGCAUGUUGCCUUCUCACAGGGAUUGUGCUCGACUCUGGGGACGGUGUCACCCACAAUGUGCCCAUUUAUGAAGGCUACGCUUUGCCGCACGCCAUCAUGCGUCUGGACCUGGCUGGCCGUGACCUGACUGACUACCUCAUGAAAAUCCUGACAGAACGUGGCUAUUCCUUUGUGACCACUGCGGAGCGUGAAAUUGUCCGUGACAUCAAGGAGAAGCUGUGUUAUGUGGCCCUGGACUUUGAAAAUGAGAUGGCCACUGCUGCCUCUUCCUCCUCUCUGGAAAAAAGCUACGAACUUCCUGAUGGUCAGGUGAUCACCAUCGGAAACGAACGCUUCCGCUGCCCAGAGACCCUCUUCCAGCCAUCUUUCAUUGGCAUGGAGUCUGCUGGCAUUCAUGAAACCACUUACAACAGCAUCAUGAAGUGUGACAUAGACAUCAGAAAGGAUCUUUAUGCCAACAAUGUGCUGUCUGGAGGCACUACAAUGUACCCAGGCAUUGCAGACAGGAUGCAAAAGGAAAUAACUGCUCUGGCUCCCAGCACCAUGAAGAUCAAGAUCAUUGCUCCUCCUGAACGUAAGUACUCCGUCUGGAUUGGAGGCUCUAUUCUUGCCUCCCUCUCUACUUUCCAGCAGAUGUGGAUCAGCAAACAGGAAUAUGAUGAAGCUGGCCCAUCCAUUGUUCACCGCAAAUGCUUUUAAAUUGCUUUAUCUUUAUGUGUCUUUUUAGCGUAUUACUGUGAAUGUAUUCAGGAAAAUACAUUCUUAUAAUUUCAUUCCAUAAAUCCUUCAUCAUGACUGAUUAAUUGGAUACUAUGUAUUUUUUGGAAUAAAUUUUAAAUAUGCAAAUGA